GAGCGUGAGGGGAUACGUGCGAGCGCAUGGUGGCAGCACGGCUGGAAACGUCGAGUAAGCAGAGGCUAUGGCGGCCUGUUUCUGGCGGUGCGAUGUUGUUCCGAUUACUAGUACUGCGAUGACGGACGGCGCAGGCUCUCCAGGCCACCCCAUCCCUCGCUGCCCUGCACGUCCCACACCCAAGGGGCAACUGCUGCGCAUGUCGUUAGCAGACCCAAGCCUCUCUCGAUCCGCCCACGUCCAACGCUCCGCGACUGGCUGCUUCGCAUGUCGCAUAGGCAUGGACGACCAGCUGCCAGCUGUGGAGUAGAGGUCCCUGUCUUGCUUCUGUCGUUUUAAUACAGUCCAGCGCCCGUCCCGACCCUGCCCAAAGGCGGGCGACCCGCACCACGAUUACCAACAAUUCUGUCUCUGGAGCCAGCCCGCGAGGACACACGACCCGCAAUUCCAGUCCACCACGCACCUCGGGCCCCCGUUUUUGUUCGCGACUGGGAUCCCUGCUUCUUUUAGGCGGCCUUUCCUUUUCCUAUCCUCGCUCGCCCUCCUUUUUUCUUCGCCCGGAGACCCGAGCCAUCCGACCUCUCACCCCCAGGCCAGCCAGCCUUCUAGCCAGCCCAGGCCACACGUGAAUUGAGAAGCGAGGGAACACGCCCAAAAAAACAGACCAGAAGUAAAAUCCAAUCUUUUGGCCUCCUCUCCACCGUUGGCCGAGGGUGUCAACAGAGACUUGCGACAUCGAGCGGGCGUCAUUUCCAGCCUUGAGGCGUUGUUUUGCUGCAUUUCUAGAUUUCGCUGGCAAUUGCCAACCGCCUAUAGACGACGCCCCCUUUUCGACGAACAACUUCUUGAGCGCUUCACGACGAGUCGACGAUCGAGACUCGAAUCUCCAAUUCGCGAGCCGCCGAUCAUCGAGUGCCAUUUUAUCCUGUUGACGACCCUACCGGGCCAACAGGCGUUAAUAUCCUGCUCGCAUUGGCGACGAACCCGAGAGCGGCGAGGCCACAACGGCCCGGACUGGCGCACACUGGGAGUCGAUCGGGCAGCCGCCCGUAACCCAUCGGGACAAUGGCGCCCCCAACCCCAUCCCAGAGCUCGACCAUAAAGCAGAUCAGCAAGAGGUCAAGAUGGGCGACCCGGAAGAUGACCAUCAAGAGCAGUGGUGUCAAGCGGCUAUCGCUGAUCGGCAGGAUACAACGCGCCGGCUCCUCGGCUGAGAAGAAGAGAGCGUCCGCCGCCACUGGCGGAAUCGGGAGUAUCGGUUCGAUACCAGAACAACAGGAGGAGGAGGAGGAGGAGGAGGAUGACGCCGGCGACGGACCCGGACCACGGACGCUCUUCUUCAACCUGCCACUACCGCCAGAAAUGAAGGACGAAAACGACGAGCCAAUCGCAGAGUACACGCGAAACAAGAUCCGGACAGCCAAAUACACGCCCUUGUCCUUUAUACCCAAGAACCUCUUUCUUCAGUUCCACAACAUCGCCAACAUCUAUUUCCUUUUCCUCGUCGUAUUAGCCUUUUUUCCCAUUUUCGGAAGCGCCAACCCCGGCCUUGGUGCCGUUCCUAUAAUAUUUAUCGUCGUUGUCACAGCCAUCAAAGAUGCGAUCGAGGACUCUAGGAGAACAAUGUCCGAUAACGAGCUCAACGACUCCACCAUCCACCGCCUGUGCGGGUGGAACAACGUCAACGUCAAGGAGGAUGACGUCUCGGCCUGGCGCAAGUUCAAGAAGGCAAACACCAAGGUCUUUGGCGGGCUGUGGCACGUCUUCCAGGGCCUGGUCAGCAAGGAGGCCAGAGAAAGGAACGCAAAGAGGAAGGCAGAUCAGGCUGCUCUGACCGAGAAUGCGAGGAUGUCGACCGAGACGCGCCGCCCGAGACCACAGUCGAUGCUGUCGGCUCACAACCGCGCGUCGUUUGUUUCCGCCCGAGAGGAUAUUCAGAUGACCCCUGUGCCGUCACCGCUGCCUCGUGCCGAGAGCAACGUGCAUCCGCUCGACAGGCCUCACGAGGAGGGCGAGGUCGAUGGCAGGCCCUCGGGAUUCUCGUUUCGGGGAAACUCGUCCGAGAUGAUGAACAUCAAGACCGAUUUGAUCAACCACGCCAUCCCCGCAGAAGGCAAGGCCCGAUUCCGUCGCGACAAGUGGAAGAAUCUGCAGGUUGGCGACUUUGUGCGCAUCUACAACAACGACGAGCUCCCCGCCGACGUUGUCAUCCUCUCCACGUCCGAUCCCGAAGCCGCGUGCUACAUCGAAACCAAGAACCUGGACGGCGAGACCAACCUCAAGUUCCGCACUGCCCUGCGUUGCGGCCAGACGAUCAAGAACUCUAGGGACUGCGAAAGAGCACAGUUUGUGAUCGAGAGCGAAGCGCCGCAGCCGAACCUGUACAAGUACAACGGCGCCAUCAAGUGGAAGCAAGCCAUCGAGGGCGACCCGUCUGGGUCGUGGCGCGAAAUGUCCGAGCCCAUCACCAUCGACAAUACGCUCCUCCGUGGCUGCAAUCUGCGGAACACUGACUGGGUCCUCGGAGUCGUCAUCUUCACCGGCCACGACACCAAGAUCAUGAUGAAUGCAGGAAUCACUCCGACGAAGAGGCCGCGUAUCGCCCGCGAGCUUAACUAUCACAUCAUCUGCAACUUCCUCCUCGUCCUGAUCAUUUGUCUUGUCUCUGCCAUCGCUAAUGGGUUUGCCUUUGGCCGCACGAAUUCGUCCAUCACCUACUUCGAGUACGGCUCCAUAGGUGGAACGCCGGCCAUGACGGGCUUCAUCACCUUUUGGGCUGCCGUCAUCCUCUUCCAGAACUUGGUCCCCAUUUCGCUUUACAUCUCGCUCGAAAUCGUGAGACUUCUGCAGGCGUUCUUCAUCUACAGCGACGUUGGCAUGUACUACGAGGCUAUUGACCAGCCUUGCAUUCCCAAGUCAUGGAAUAUCUCCGAUGACCUCGGGCAGAUCGAGUACAUCUUCUCGGACAAGACCGGAACACUGACGCAGAACCUCAUGGAGUUCAAGAAGGCAACCAUCAACGGGCAACCUUAUGGCGAGGCCUAUACCGAGGCACUCGCUGGGUUGCAUCGCAGGAUGGGCAUCGAUGUGGUUAAGGAGGCGGCCGAGGCGCGAAUCCAGAUCCAGGCCGACAAGGUCAAGGCGCUCAGCCUGCUGCGCGAAAUUCACGACAACCCCUAUCUCCACGAGGAAGACCUGCAGUUCAUCGCGCCCGACUUUGUGGAGGAUCUUACCGGUGGCAGUGGCCAAGAGCAGCAAGCGGCCUGCGAGCGCUUCAUGCUGGCCCUCGCUCUGUGCCACACCGUGAUCCCCGAGAGGCAGCCUGGCGAGAAAGCCAAGAUGAUGUACAAGGCGCAGUCUCCCGACGAGGCGGCGCUGGUGGCGACGGCACGCGACAUGGGCUUUACUGUCCUCUCAUGCAACUCUGACGGCAUCCGCUUGAACGUAAUGGGCGAGGAGAAGUACUACCCCAUCCUGAACACCAUCGAGUUCAACUCUUCGCGCAAGCGCAUGAGCGCCAUUAUCCGGAUGCAGGACGGAAGCAUCAUGCUCUUUUGCAAGGGCGCCGACAGCAUCAUCUACUCGCGACUGAAGAAGGGAGAGCAGCAGGAGCUUCGUAAGACGACGGCCGAGCACCUAGAGAUGUUUGCCCGCGAAGGCCUGCGCACGCUUUGCAUUGCCGAGAGGGCGCUGUCGGAGAACGAGUACACGGCAUGGCGCGCCGAACACGACAAGGCCGCGACAGCUCUUGAGGAUCGCGAGGACAAGAUGGAAGCGGUUGCCGACACGAUCGAACAGGAGCUGAGCCUUAUUGGCGGCACUGCCAUCGAGGACCGCCUUCAAGAUGGCGUCCCGGACACCAUUGCUGUCCUGGCCGAGGCUGGCAUCAAGCUCUGGGUGCUUACUGGCGACAAGGUCGAAACGGCCAUCAACAUUGGUUUCUCGUGCAAUCUGCUGAACAACGACAUGGAGCUGCUCAACCUCAAGGUUGAUGAGGACGAGACGGGCGCCACCCCGCCAGAACAGUUCAUGGAGUCCCUCAACCGUGAUUUGGACAGGCAUUUGAGCGCCUUCGGGCUCACGGGCAGCGAUGAAGAUCUGGCCGCUGCUAUUCUGAGCCACGAGGCACCGCCACCGACUCAUGCCGUUAUCGUCGACGGAUUCACGCUCAGGUACCUGCUCGAGGACACACUUAAGCAAAAGUUCCUCCUGCUGUGCAAGCAGUGCAAAUCGGUGCUCUGCUGCCGUGUCAGCCCGGCGCAGAAGGCGGCCGUGUGUGCUCUUGUCAAGAACGGACUCGAUGUCAUGACGCUGUCCAUCGGAGACGGUGCCAACGACGUGGCCAUGAUCCAGGAGGCCGAUGUCGGUGUUGGCAUUGCUGGUGUCGAGGGCCGACAGGCUGUCAUGUCGUCGGACUACGCCAUCGCGCAGUUCAGCUACCUGCAGCGCCUCGUUCUUGUCCAUGGCCGCUGGUCGUACCGCAGGGUCGCCGAGUGCAUCCACAACUUCUUCUACAAGAGCAUGGUCUCGACAACUCCCAUCUUCUGGUUCCAAGUCUUUUGCGACUUUGACCAGACGUACCUCUUCGACUACACCUACAUUCUCGCCUUCAACCUCUUCUUCACCUCGGUUCCUGUCAUCCUCAUGGGUGUUCUGGACCAGGACGUGUCUGACGCCGUCUCCUUGGCCGUACCGCAGCUGUACCAGCGCGGCAUCGAGCGGCUGGAGUGGACACGCACCAAGUUUUGGUUGUACAUGGCGGAUGGCAUCUACCAGGGCAUCAUGUCGUUCUUCAUCCCAUACCUCGUCCUCAUCGGCUCGCCGUUCGUCACGCACAAUGGCCUGGACGUAUCGGACCGCCUUCGUCUCGGAGCAUACGUCGCCCACCCUGCUGUCAUCACCAUCAACCUGUACAUCCUCCUCAACACCUACCAAUGGGACCGCGUCAUGUUGUCGGCCGUCGCUAUCAGCAACCUGUUCAUCUUCUUCUGGACCGGCGUGUUUACUAUGGAUACUUACUCGGGCCAAUUCUACAAGUCGGCGCCCCAGCUCUAUGCCCAGCCAAGCUUCUGGGCCGUCUUCAUCAUCACGCCCGUCAUGUGCGUCUUCCCCAGGUUCGCCAUCAAGGCGCUCCAGAAGGUCUACUGGCCUUACGACGUCGAUAUCAUCCGCGAACAGGUCCAGCUGGGCAAGUUCUGUGAGGUCGACCCCGCCGCAGGCCAGCCGUUACUGCCCGGCCGCACUACGGUGGGCUCUUCACCCUCCCUUGCCAAGGGCCAGCCUGGCCCGUUCUCAGGCACCGAUGACGACCAGAGGCCCAUCUACCCGCCUUCGGUGGCCACGCACACCAGAACCCAGACCGGUAGCGACGGGACGAACUACACGGGCCACCGCAUGUCAAUGGAGCAGGUGCCCAUGGAGCAGGCACCGAUGGAGACUGUCGAAUCACCGGUGGAUCGGGCGCCCACAAGGCCCUCGAUGGACCGGGCACGGCCAUCUUACGACAGGAUACGCGCGUCUAUGGACCGGGUGCGGCCUAGUUACGAGGCCAGCAACGACUUCACUUCGGCCGCCCGACUCUCUAGGGUGGAGUCGACUCGGUCGAGGAUCGGAGGCCCGCCGCCGAGCACUAGCAACAUGUGGUCGGGGCGUCUCCGAGGACUGUCCAUGAUCUCGGCUAAAAGUAGGAUAGGACCGGACGCGAAAUCUGGGACGCCAUGAGCCAAGACGGACAACGUUGGCCCCGCACAUUUCACUUCUUGUGUAUUUAUAUGCUGCACACAUCGUCACCCCACUGCGUGGUCACCUCUCCUCCUUGUUCAUUGAUAUCCAUACCAAUCUGUCAUGCAUUGACGAAUCUGCAUGAGCGACAUCUACGAGUUCUUCCUUUUUUUUUUUUUUUUCUCAACUUGGCCCCCUUGCCUCCCUAUGAUGGGAGACCAGCCAUUCGGCAUUGGCUUUUGGCCCAACGACCACUCAAGACGGUCCUGCCCCGUCAAAGCCUUCGCCGCUCUAUUCUUGCCGAGGUGGUACACACCUCUGCAGUCCUAAUUUCCCUCACCUUUCUCCAAGCAAACCUCUUUUUUUUAUAUAUAUAUAUACCGGAGCCGGGCGUUCAGAGGGCAUCAUUCGAAAUCGGAACUGUCGAGUGUGGGGAAGCAUUUGUUUUUCUUUAUUGGUUUUUUAUUUCCAUGUCUUGUUCUUUUGGAGACUACCCAUUAUUAGUGUACGAGUUGAAAAACCCAACUUUGCCACACAUUGCAGGAGAGGAAGUCCGUGACAGAUGUUUCCGUGUCUUCCCUCUCCCAUCCACCAUCCCUUGACCAUUGGCUUCUCGCUUCCCCCUUUCCCUUUCCUUGGCACUCCUUCGCAGUAGUUUCCUCUUUCUCUCCUGUCUCUUAUUUUGUCUAGAAGGUAUCCUGUCCUCCUUCCGUGCGAGCUACCCCAGGCGUCCUUGUCUGCCCUGGCUUAUCCUGUUGUCUUCUUUUAGAGGCCUACGCAGUGGCUUCUGGCCUGGUACAUAGUACAGAAAGCAAAACCAUUAUUGCCACA